GAGUAAUAAAUUAUCCCGCGCUGAGGUGCGGUCUUUCUUGAGAAGCGCCUCAUCAGGAUAGUGUCGUGGCUCCGCGUCCCCGUAGCGGUCCUGCGAUCUGCAUCCUCCGCGUGGUGCGGAGCAAGGGUAGGCCCCGCGUUGCAUCUUUGCCCGGCUCCAAGAUGGACGGCAGCGGGGACGGGGAGGCCGCUCUGGGGGAGCACGUGGCGCCCUGCUCGCCAGCUCCCGGGGCUGCUGGGAUGGUGGCGGAGUCCCGAGGCCUCCUGCCGCCGUCGGGCAGGGAGGCCAGCGGAGGCGGGGCUGUGGCCGCCCCUGAGAGGCGCCCUGGCGGCGGCGGUGCAGCCUCUUCUUUCCUCGCACAGCCAGGAGGCCCCUGCUCGAGUCCCGCGUCGCCAUGGCCGCGGUUCCCGAGUUGCUGCAGCAGCAGGAGGAGGAUCGCAACAAGCUGAGAUCUGUGUCUGUGGACCUGAACAUUGAUCCUUCGCUUCAGAUCGACAUACCUGAUGCUCUCAGUGAGAGAGAUAAGGUUAAAUUUACAGUGCACACCAAGACCACACUGCCCGCGUUUCAGAGCCCAGAGUUUUCUGUUACAAGGCAACAUGAGGACUUUGUGUGGCUACAUGACACUCUGAUUGAAACAACAGACUAUGCUGGCUUUAUUAUUCCACCUGCUCCUACAAAGCCCGACUUUGACAGCCCUCGAGAGAAGAUGCAGAAAUUGGGAGAGGGUGAAGGGUCUAUGACCAAAGAAGAAUUUGCCAAGAUGAAACAAGAACUGGAAGCUGAAUAUCUCGCUGUCUUUAAGAAGACUGUAUCCUCCCAUGAAGUCUUUCUUCAGCGGCUUUCUUCUCACCCUGUUCUCAGUAAAGAUCGCAACUUUCAUGUUUUCCUAGAAUAUGAUCAGGAUCUCAGUGUUAGACGGAAAAAUACCAAAGAGAUGUUUGGUGGUUUUUUUAAAAGUGUAGUGAAAAGUGCUGAUGAAGUCCUUUUUUCUGGAGUUAAGGAGGUAGAUGACUUCUUUGAGCAAGAGAAGAACUUCCUUAUUAAUUAUUACAAUAGGAUCAAGGAUUCCUGUGUAAAAGCUGACAAAAUGACCAGAUCUCAUAAAAAUGUUGCUGAUGACUAUAUCCACACUGCAGCCUGCUUGCAUAGCCUGGCUUUGGAAGAGCCCACGGUCAUCAAAAAGUACCUAUUGAAGGUUGCUGAGCUAUUUGAAAAACUUAGGAAAGUAGAGGGUCGAGUCUCAUCAGAUGAAGAUUUAAAGCUGACAGAGCUUCUCCGAUACUACAUGCUCAACAUAGAGGCUGCCAAGGAUCUCUUAUACAGACGCACCAAAGCCCUCAUUGACUAUGAGAACUCAAACAAAGCUCUGGAUAAGGCCCGGUUAAAAAGCAGAGACGUCAAAAUGGCUGAGGCACACCAGCAAGAAUGCUGCCAGAAAUUUGAACAGCUUUCUGAAUCUGCAAAAGAAGAACUGGUAAAUUUCAAACGGAAGAGAGUGGCAGCAUUUAGAAAGAAUCUAAUCGAGAUGUCUGAACUGGAAAUAAAGCAUGCCAGAAACAAUGUCUCCCUCUUGCAGAGCUGCAUUGACUUGUUCAAGAACAACUGAUCUGCCUUUACUCUGAAGGAAGGAAAUGAAUGUGAAAGAAAGCCAAGCAUCACUUGCACUUAAAUCAUUACCACGGAAGACUUACUAGUUUUGACUUUAGUUUAAAAUUAUGUGAAUAAAUAUUUUGAUUUCUAAAAAUCUUAACACUUAACCAUGUUGGUUUAAAAAUUUUUAUUGCAUGCUCGUUGGACGUAACUAAUCUUUUCCUUAUGCAUUUAAUACCUCAAAGUGAGCAGAAUCUAAAUACUGAGUUUUUCUAUAGUUUGUCUUUAGUUACUAAGGAAGGGUGUAGGAGACAUGUGCCUUUUGGAAACAAGUAGAAGCAGUCACCUGGCCCGUGUUUGUCUCAUGUUUUGUGUGCCCAUGUCCCUACUAAUUGUCAGGGAGGUGCCAGUUACAACAAAUAGCUACUUUGUCACAGGUAAGACAUUCCAUUCCUUAAUAUUUUUUUUGCCCUAAUACUCCCAUUACCUCAAGUGUUUGUACUAUAACAACAACAAGAAAAUCUCAUAUCUUUAUACACUGUUUGCAGCUCCAUUUUUAUAGUUGGGAUAUAAAUACUUGAAGGGGGGAAGAGAUGUAUCUAAGGCUAUAUAGAGAAAAAAAUAAUGGGGCCUCCUUUAGAAGAUAGCCACUUCACCAAUAAGAAAGAUGUGAACUCCCUCCCUAAUGAUAGUGGGAGAUACAUGUGUUUGGGCUUUUGUUUUUUAUAAAGCAUAUAAUAAAAUAAUAAAUCAUGCUA